AUGGCCCCACCAAAAUCUGCCGCUGCCGAGAAGAAGCCUGCUUCCAAAGCCCCUGCCAGCUCUGGUGGCAAAGCACCUGCCUCCGCUGCCAAGAAACCUUCAACAGCAGCCAAAAAGGGCCCUGCCAAACCUGCUGCUGAUGGUGAGAAGAAGAAGAAGCGAUCAAAGACCCGUAAAGAAACCUACGGUAUCUACAUCUACAAAGUCCUCAAACAAGUUCACCCUGAUACCGGUAUUUCCAACAAAGCCAUGCUUAUCCUCAACUCCUUUGUCAACGAUAUCUUUGAGCGAAUUGCUGGUGAAGCCUCCAAACUUGCAACUUACAACAAAAAGUCAACAAUCUCAUCUCGAGAGAUCCAGACAGCAGUCCGACUCAUUCUUCCCGGUGAACUUAGCAAGCACGCCAUUUCAGAAGGAACAAGUAAGCCUAUCUUUGCUCCCUCGACUCACUCGACCUUGUACUGA